AUGCACCUCAUAACAACUUGUUCUUUCACAAGGUGCUCUAUCCACUACCUUCCGCCCCCGCUUGUUCCCUUCCUUCCUCUAUCCCGCUUUUCCCUCUUUCACUCUUUCCCUCUGUCCCGUUUUCCCCCUUCCACUUUUUCUCUCUGUCCCGCGUUCCCUCUUUCCUGCUCGCCCCGUCUUGCGUGGUCAUGGAUUGGCGUUGCACGGCAUGUCAUGCUAUGGCAUGGCGUCGCGUGCAGGGAUCUGUCAUACAAUUAUUUCAGCAACGCCCUGCCGCUGGAUGCAUUCGCUCAGCUCAAGCAGCUUAAAGCCCUGAACCUCUCAUUCAACAUGGAUCUGACAGGGUCCAUCAACGUGCUCACAUCGCUGCCGCUGCUGCAACAAGUCGACUUAUCCAACACCCAAAUUAGUGGAUCCAUCCCUUCUGCCAUCUCCUCCCUCUCUCGCCUCCGCCACUUGGACCUGACUCUCACGCAGGUCUCAGGGAGCCUGCCAGCCACCAUGAGCCAACUCUCCGCUCUCUCGUAUCUGUCGCUACGGCAGGUGUACAACCUGAGAGGAGCCAUGAGUCAGUACACGUGGCUCUCCCUCCUCACCAACCUGCACUCGCUGGACAUCACCAGUGCGCACAAAAUCUCUGGGGACCUCUCCACCAUCUCCCUCUUCUCCUCUCUCCGCUCUCUGCGCCGCCUCACAUUCAGCGACAUGCACAUGUGGGGAGAGCUGCCUGUCUCCCUCGCUCUCCUGCAGAACCUCACCUACCUGGACUUGUCUUUUCUCCGUUUCAAGCAGCUUCCUUUCUGGCUCACAGCGCUUUCCGAACUGCGAUACCUCGACGUGACUCACGAUGCCAACCUGCGCACCGGGGCUGUUCCUCAGGACCUCUCGCUGCUCUCCCAUCUGGAGUUCUUCAAGGCCAAUGGCAACGGGCUGGUGGGCUUCCUGCCUGAGUCAUGGGGCUCCCUCACCAACCUCACCACGCUGUCACUCCAGUACAACCAGCUGGUGGGGUCCAUCCCGCGCCAGUUCUCCUCCCUCCGCUCGCUCAAGUCACUCAACCUCGGCCUGAAUCAGCUCUCAGGAUCGUUGCCUGACGUCUUCAGCACCACGCUCGAGUCACUGCAGCUGGGGGGAAACAGGUUCCAGGGCAGCAUUCCCUCCUUCCUGGGCUCCCUCACUCUGCUCACCAACCUUGAGCUGAAGAGCAACAUAUUCACGGGAGCCAUUCCCGCUCAGCUCACAGCACUCACCGGAGUCACCGAACU